AUGCGGCCGAAUCUUUUAGCAAGUCGGAAGGCCUCAUCGUCGAUUGCAAAACAUAGCGGGCACCUGGUUAGGUCCAAACCUCAUGGGUCACUUCGGUGUGGACUUUUCGAGCGGCGGCGUGGCCCCGAUACUUGCGCACGAUCUGUUCCAAGGAUCCGACAGGUUUUACCGAAUACCAGCUUCACAUAUACCCCGCUUCUGGCCUCCCAAUCAAAGCGGAACUUUUCCAAUACCACUCGCAGAGAAGGCAUAUGGGAUGAUGACGAUGAAGUUCCAGAGCCAAAACCCGUUCAACGAAUUCCAGGCCGGCCGGCCUUUGUGCGUCCUACCCGACAUCGAGACUUGGGCAGCUUGGUUAGAUCGAGAGUAGACGGGAAAAACCGAGUUUCUCAACGUCUACGUAUUGAGAAGGAGUUCGAUUCGCUGCAUUCAUAUCAGGAACUUGUUGAGAAUUUUAUCCAAUUGAAGUACAAACACGUCGAUGACCUCCUUGAAGAAUCCUUCAGGGCCAAUUUGGCCUAUGAAUCCGAAUAUGGAGCUAUCUCGUCAAUAUUCCGAAAGCGAAUCAAUGAUGUGGUCUCACGGAUAACAAAACAGGUUCUCCAUGCCGAAAAGACCACCCAAGAAUAUGUGACUGAAUUUGAAAGCCUAUCAAGCUUCAUCAGCGCGCACCUUGUAACUAUGGUCUCAGACAACACGAAAAAAGUUCUGCGAGCAGAGAAGAUCACUCAAAAGUAUAUCACUGAAGUGAUAGAUCUGUCAUCUUCCAUCCUAGGAUUAGGCCGAAUACAGGCUUCUGUCACGAACGCAGAGAAUACCGGUCGGAUGAUUGAGCAUGAGUUCUGCUCCAUUGUUUUUGGUAGAACUCCAGAAUGGGAAAGAAAGCUGGAAAUAUCCGCCCAGAAGAUCCAUGCUUGGCAGAAGUGUCUUCGUACAACUCACAGAACACUCCUGCCAUCUCUGGUGGACAUUUCUGAGCUGUCCAUCUGUCGGUUGAGAGACACUCUCAACAAUGAUCACCUACGGCCCCGGCACACAGUGAGAACUCGAAUUGACACUCUUCUUCUUGAAAGUGAAGUGAUUCAGAAGAAGUACAAUGAGUUGAGACAGAAAUGCCUCAACGCACGAAGUUUCCCCAUCAGGGACCUUUGCUGGGAACUUCAAGCAAAUUCGAAUCUUCACCCUGCCGACAAACGGGUGUUUGGCCAGUAUAAAGAAAUCCUUGAGCUUAGUGAUCGCGAACUUGGUAAUCGUGCGCAUUAUUACCGUGCAUUCUGGCUCAGAAGGCAGCAGGCUUUGCGUCCACUUCGACAAAGUGAACCAUGGGAUUUGCAGGAUUUCAUGGCGGCAGCUGCGGCUGCACGUUCUCCCCAAGCUACUGGCAAGCGAGUCUUACUUGCGCUUGCACUUGGUGCACGAAAGAACUCACCGGCAAGUCAGUACUUGCACAAAAGUCCACUCAUAAUAUCCAAGAAAAUCUAUCUCGAAUACAAGCGUCUUUGGAUGCCAAAGCCUGCCCGCAGUCCUGAGUUACAUAUAUACUGGCGACAGUUGGAUGUAAUGGCGCCACUGCUUACGGCUGGUGUUCACACGUGGGGGCUUCACAAUGAAGUUUGGUACCUCUACCACAGCCUCAAAGGUGAUCUUGGAGCAUUGUGGAGUUGGGUACCUGAGCAGACCAUGAUGCACACUGUUCCAGAAAUAGCCACCUGGUGUAUAGAAUUCCAGAAACAUCGCAGCGCUCUUCGACAAUUGACCACUGAAUACAGACAUUUGAACUGGCUGCGUCUUCGAUCAGAAACCUUGCUACAUUCAAUGGGGCAACGUGUCUACCUUGCUGGAAAAUUUGAAGUCCUCAAUCCAAUGAGCCAGGAUGUCCAUAGCUUCAAGAAAUGGGCCGUACACAUGGGCCAGGUGGCUUUUGACGCCUAUAUUCCCAGAAUGGCCAUCCAGCAGACGCGAGGUGAUUGGGAGUCUAUCCACAACGAGAUUGAGCGCAGCAUUGGGCCUGCUGCUUCCGUAGACUCCCACUUUUUAGAACUGGGUUCUUCGAUGAAGAAGCUCAGGCGUAAGAAGGGACGAGAGGAAUCCGCAUCUCCCAAGGCCAAGGCCGCUUUUAUCAAAUCAUCUCAAAGCCGUCUUUCAAGAUAUAUGAAACUCCAAUUGCCGGGGCAUUCCGAGUCUUCGCCUGCCAGUCAGGGCAACCCGGAGCCCGUUCAGCCUGUGAUACCCACGAAAGGUUUCAAGGGAAGAAUAAGGCUGCAACUGAAGAGGAAAGCUGGACUACGGCGUGCAGCCGAGUUAGCUGCUAAACACAGUAGAGAGGAGGACAGCCGCCGAGGACACGAAUUACUCUCCGGUCCUUCGACGGUAAACGCCGAGGACCUCGCAGCAGAGGGCGAGCUUGUAUACAAUCAACCUGUCCCAGUCGAUUCGCCUACCAACCAGGGCAAUCAGGAGGACAUUCAGAUCAUCGACAAGCCAUCACCCAAACUCCAAAAGAGAAAAUAUGGGAGCCUCGACGCGCCUAAGUUCAACCCGUUCCUAGUCAAUACGCCUGCCGGUCAGGACAAUCAGGAGGCUAGUGAGAUUAUCUACCAGCCAUCACCUAAACCCCGGAAGACAAGAUACAGGAGCCUUGACGUACCUGAGUUCAACCCGUUCCUAGUCAAUGCACCUACCGGUCAGGACAAUCAGGAAACUAGUGAGGUCACCCACAAGCCACCUCUCAAACUCCGGAGGUCAAGAUAUAGGAGCCUUGAUGUAUCUGAGUUCAACCCAUUCCUAGCCAAUGCGCCUACCAGUCAUGACAAUCAGGAGACCAGUGAGGUUACCCACAAGCCAUCACUCAAACACCAGAAGACAAAAUACAGGAGCCUCGACGCUCCUCAGUUUAACCCGUUCCUAGUCAAUGCGCCUACCGGUCAGGACAAUCAGGAAACUAGUGACGUCACCCACAAGCCAUCACUCAAACAUCAGAAGACAAAAUACAGGAGCCUCGACGCCCCUCAGUUUAACCCGUUCCUAGUCAAUGCGCCUACCGGUCAUGACAAUCAGGAGGCCAGUGAGGUUACCCACAAGCCAUCGCUCAAACACCAGAAGACAAAAUACAGGAGCCUCGACGCUCCUCAGUUUAACCCGUUCCUAGUUAAUGCGCAUGCUAGCCGGACAAAUCAUGAAGGAGGCCAGGACCUUCCCAAGCCACCCCCCAUACGCUCAAAGAGCAAAGAGGUGGGUCUCAGCACGGAGCAUCAUCUGGAUGACCUCCGUCCACCAAUUUCAAGAGAAGCCAGCGGUACAUCCCCAAGCACACGAACAUAUAACGGACAACGACCGGCAUUGAUGCUGCCGAGGAAGCCAUUCGCUAAACCAGGACAAAACCAUGGGAGAGAGUAUAGCACAGGUGCAAUCUUCAACCAAACAAACUUUCCACAAAGCGGUGGCAUCAGUGAUGAUUCCCUGUCUGAACGGCCGAUUAAAACCCAUAUGUCCUCAGUUCCAGAUACCACGACCGGACAUAAACCAGUAUCCAUUGAAGAAAAUGACACCACAGGUCAACCAAUCCCAUCUUCAACACCUGAGUUUUGGAGUCAUAGCUCACAGCAAAGCCCCGAUGGCCGGAAACUCAUCGUGCAUUAUUGCCGGACUCUCCAAAGUACCGAAGAAGCUGUGCAACACUUCCUCGGGAGCAAAGUCAUUGGAUUCGACAUGGAAUGGAAGGCUCAGGCAUCCGGCUGGGACAGCAUUCAGAGCAAUGUCUCGGUGAUCCAAAUCGCAAAUGAGGAGCGUAUCGCCAUCUUCCAGGUUGCACUUUUCAAGCCUGCACGUUCUCUAGAGGACUUGGUUUCCCCAUCAUUGAAACGCCUGGUUGAAUCUCCGGAUGUCACAAAAGUGGGUGUCUCGAUCAAGGCAGACUGCACGCGACUGCGCAAGUAUCUUGGCAUCGAUGCCAAAGCCACUUUCGAGCUCAGCCAUUUGUACAAGUUGAUCAAGUACGGCAGAGAUAAUCCCAAAUUGGUGAACAAAAGGGGCGUCAACCUCAGCGAGCAAAUAAAUGAGCAUUUCGGUCUCCCCCUUGAGAAAAGUGAUGAUGUCCGCUGCAGUGAUUGGACUCGGGCUUUGAGUUAUCGUCAGGUCCAAUAUGCUGCUACGGACCCGUAUGCUUGUGUCCGUUUGUUCCAUACCAUGGAGGCGAAAAGAAAAGCCAUGAACCCAAUGCCGCCUCGUCCUGCGUUCGCUGAACUCAACCAACCCAUUGUUCUUCCACUCGGAGAAGCAGUCAACAGCGAGGAGGACCCAGUGGUCUGA